UUGAGAACCAAAUGUCAAAGCAUUGCGAAUCAAAUUUAAAUCAUGAGGUGAAUUCUACUCCAGUGUCGAUGUCAGACUUGAUGAACAAAGUCUUGCAGGAUUUUUUUUCCUUAAAAGAAGACAAAUGAUGAGGGAAUCUUAAGACGGGAUAUCCCAAAUUCAGCCGAAGUUUUUAAAGACAACUCUAUGAUCUAAUCUCCUUCAAAGUUACAAUCUUUCAUUUUCUCCGAUUGCUUCUCUUCGGUUGAGUAAAAAGCAAAACGAAGUUUCCGGCUGUCCUUUCUCUUUAAGACAUGAGAGGCCAACAAGUUCUUGCAGUCUCGGUGACUGUUGUAUUAAUAGCUCUUGGAGCAAUUCAUAAAGUGAAAUCUCAUAAAGACCAACCUUUAUCAGGAAUUGCUAUCCAUAUGACAACAUUUGAUCUCAAUGAAAAAGCUUAUGUCAAAGCCUCUCCAACAGUUCUUGGUUCUAAUGGUCAACAUAGUGAAUUGGUGUUGGUCGAAUAUAGUUCUCCAAAACCAUCAGAUGAUGAUUGGAUUGGAGUGUUUUCUCCUGCGGAUUUCAAUGCCUCAACUUGUCCAGGAGAAAACAAAAUGGUGAAUCCACCUCAACUGUGUUCAGCUCCUAUCAAGUUUCAAUAUGCAAACUUUAGUAACACAAGAUACAACGAUACCGGGACCGGUUCCUUGAAGCUUCAGCUGAUCAACCAGAGAUCAGACUUCUCCUUCGCGCUGUUUUCUGGCGGUUUGUUGAAUCCAAAGCUUGUGGCAGUGUCAAACAAAGUAGUCUUUGAGAACCCAAAUGCACCAGUUUACCCGCGCCUGGCGCUAGGAAAAGAGUGGGAUGAAAUGACAGUGACAUGGACUAGUGGUUAUGGACUCGACAUUGCUGAACCUGUUGUCGAGUGGGGCAUUAAAGGAGGAGAGCGUAAACUCUCACCUGCUGGUACGUUGACCUUUGGGCGUAACAGCAUGUGUGGUGCUCCUGCAAGAACAGUGGGAUGGCGUGAUCCAGGAUACAUACACACAGCUUUCCUCAAAGAGUUAUGGCCUAAUUCCAAGUAUACCUACAGAGUUGGGCAUAGAUUUUCAUGUGGUGCAUUCAUCUGGAGUAAAGAGUAUCAGUUCAAAUCUUCUCCAUUUCCUGGCCAAAACUCUCUCCAACAUGUUGUCAUCUUUGGAGACAUGGGAAAGGCUGAGGUUGAUGGCUCAAACGAGUACAACGAUUUCCAACGAGCUUCCCUCAACACCACAAAGCAACUUAUCAAAGAUCUAGAGAAGACAGAUGCAGUUUUCCACAUUGGAGACAUCUGUUAUGCAAAUGGAUACCUUUCGCAGUGGGAUCAAUUCACAGCGCAGAUUGAGCCAAUUGCUUCCACUGUUCCAUACAUGAUUGCAAGCGGCAACCAUGAGCGUGACUGGCCCAACUCGGGAUCGUUUUACCAGAGUUUAGACUCUGGAGGAGAAUGUGGUGUACCAGCUGAGACAAUGUUCUAUGUUCCAGCUCAAAACAGAGCAAAGUUCUGGUACUCGAUUGACUAUGGAAUGUUUAGGUUCUGCGUAGCUGACACAGAACAUGACUGGAGAGAAGGAACAGAGCAAUACGACUUCAUCGAGCGAUGCUUAGCGUCUGUCGACAGGAAAAAGCAGCCGUGGCUGAUAUUCUUAGCUCACCGCGUGCUCGGUUACUCCUCCACGUCGUUCUACGCGGAAGAAGGCUCUUUCGCGGAGCCAAUGGGAAGAGACAGUCUUCAAAAGCUCUGGCAGAAGUACAAAGUCGACAUUGCAGUCUAUGGACACGCACAUAACUACGAGAGAACAUGCCCCGUUUACCAGAGUGUAUGCACGAGCCAUGAGAAGACUAACUACAAGGGUUCGUUGAAUGGGACGAUCCACGUCGUUGCUGGAGGUGGAGGAGCCGGUCUUGCUGAGUUCUCCGAGUUACAACCGAAUUGGAGUCUGUUCAGAGAUUACGACUACGGAUUCGUUAAACUAACGGCUGUUGAUUACUCCAAUCUUCUGUUCGAGUACAGGAAGAGCAGCGACGGAAGAGUCCAUGACUCUUUCAAGAUAUCAAGAGAUUACAGAGACGUCUUGGCUUGUGCUUUUGAUAGUUGCCCUGCAACAACACUCGCAUCAUAGAAGUAGAGAAUCUUGCAACUGCUUCCAACUUGUUUCUAUGGUCAAAACUCGAAAUGUGAUCUGAUGAAAGGCUUUUUGUCGAUUUGGUAUAACAGUUGUAGUGAUUUUUCACAUCAAUCAUACGUACAGGCAAAAUAGGUUUUACAGAGCUCUGUUCUUACAUUACUCUGCUGAAAUUCUCAAGCAAGAAUCAUUUGAUCAUUUGAUAGAUUCUUUUGAUGUUCUCAUGUAUUACACCUAAAAAAGACAUGAUACAAUCUUGAUCUUCAACAAGAUUGAGAUUUUGGCAUUUCAUUCUUAUAGCCAAAACAUAAGCAGAAAUCCAAAAAGAUAAAAAAAAGUAGUAAAAAACAACUAGAAGAUGAAACAAGAAGGGAAAAAGACGCAUUGAUCUUUCUAAUUCAAAACGUCGAAGACGAAGUAUUGACAACGAUAUGGCGAAGCGGACGGUCCACAUCCCCUCCUCCGCCGUGUUUAACAAACUCGGCGGGGGUCAAGAAACUGCCGUGGCAGAUGCACAUGAUCCGAACCUCCUCUCCUUUCCCGUACUUGUAUAGAAUCCCGUCGACGCGCCUCCCGUUUGGGCCGUCUCCUUUUGUGAAAACACACGGCAUGUCGAACAAACCAGUAGCUGUGGCCGUCCCUUUGCCUUUCCUAUCCACAGACUCAUCCUCUCUUCUCACUCCCUUCUCACUCUCGUUCGAGUUCGAGUUCUUAGCUCUCGUCACACUCGGUUUCUCUGUUCCUUGGCUUCCGCUGUUAGAUGAACAUCUCGUCAUUAUCUUCGGGCUUCUCUCGUCCCCAAAACUGUUUGAUGAAGCUUGUUGAUUUUUGUUGUCAAGUUCCGACAAGCUUGAAGAGGAGCCUCCUCCUCCUCCUCCUCCUCCUCCUCUUCCUCCGUCGGAAUCAACACACACUUGACUAUUAGAAGAAACCAAAUGUCUCUGCAAAAACCCACUCUUACUCGCAGUGACCCAUCUCUCAGUCUCAAACGACGCCGUUUGGUCAUCAGAAUUCCCAACCCUGAAGCUCUGUUUCUCGCAUCUCCUCCUUUUAGCUUCCAUUCUUCGGAGCGACUGCAUCUCUUUCCUUUUCCUCCAUUCCUCUUCCAUCUCCGCAGGCAACGACGUCGUUCUAGCUAAACCCACCGUGUAAUUCUCCGGCUCAACCUCGUUUUCAGCCGCCACCGUCGAACUUUCGAAGGCCACAGUGCCCAAAACCGAAGAAGAUCGUUUCAGCUUCCUUGGAGUCUUAUCUACUCCGAAUCGACCUCCUAGAGACAAACCCAGAUUCAGCUCAAUCGCACUCUCAUCUUCGCAGCCUGUUUCUCCACCGUGAAACACUCUUCCACCGCCGUUUUCGGAGAUAAAACCUCGUAACAGAUCUCUCGGGUGUUUAUCUAUGUCCAGAGAAAGAUUUGUCGUCACCGUCAUUUCUCUGUUCCAUGCCCUUUGUUCUCUACUUGCUUCUUCCCCCAUAGAUUCCGAAACAACAGAAAUGAAAAAGAAGAAAUAAAAGGGAGUAUUUUUUUUUUCAAGCUCUGAAUUUUACAUCCGGUCAAAAUCUGCACUAUGUCCUGAAUUUCACAGAAAAUCCCACAAUUUCACAGAAGAGAAACAAACAAUGGAAUAAAUCAUAGGGGAAAAAGUAAUUUACGUAAAGGAAAAAACUCGCCGGAGUUACCAGAGACGGCGAAGAAGUCGACGAGGUAAAUCGAAAGUGAAGAGCAGAGACGGGGAAGAAGAAAAAGAAAACCCUUUUAGACAUUAGAGA